AUGGAGUCAGAUGCCAACAAGCGUCAGCGCGGCAACAGCAUUACUGCGACCACCACCACCACUAGUACUACCACCACAUCUACUCCCAGUGCACAUCCAAAUCCAUCCGAAUCAUCAGAGUCCCCUAACGUAGGCCCAUCGCCCCCUGGAAAUGAGCAUACACGACAGUCUACCAUUGAACGCUGUAUCGAAGACCAAACUUACGUAUCGGGAGCACACCGAGACAAGAUUAUCGGAAACCCUCACCCACGCAGCCAGCCAAUUUUCCCCGGAUCCCCCGAACGAAGUAAACGUGCGAGUGCCAAAGAAAAAGCGCCUACUCUCGAACCUCCCGUGACCAAAGCUACCCUUAGUGAAUUAGACGUCACUAAAAUCAUCAACAACCCAAAAUUGCGACAUGACAUAAACUUUGACCCAGACCUCCAUUUUCGCCCUAAUUUAGACGGCGACAAAGGCCGCCGAAAAGCUCAAAAAGGCAACGAGUUUUGGGAAACCAUGCAGAAGAAUCUUCACGAGUUCCUGUCAAAUCGCGAUCAGUUUGAUCGUGAUCACACUGGCGUUGAAUGGUGUCUCCCCGUCACUCUAAAAGCUAUUCGUGCUAUCCUAGAAACCCUUAUUCCUCCGCAAGACUGUGCGUCAAUAGAAGAAACCUUUAAUGUCGACUUGCUCAUGCAGCAAUUCCGCAAGGGCGUUGCAGACAUGCCAAAACUAGCUCGCUGGCUAUCUCAACUUCUCAAGAGCCACUGUGCACCUAUGCGAGAUAAUUGGGUCGAUGAUAUGGUUUUACAACUAAGCGAUGGAGAUCGGAACUUUGAUGUGCCUCUGCUCGUCGUCGGCAUCAAAAGCUUGCUGGCCGUGCUGGAAGCUAUGAAACUCGAUAUUGCGAACCAUCAAAUCCGCUGUUUACGACCAGCACUUAUAGAUAAUACAGUGGAAUUUGAGCAGCGAUUUUUCACCCGUAAAAUUAAGUUGGGCCGUCUCGAUGUCGUUGGCGCUUAUGCAUGGUAUCGGCGCGCCGAAAGCAUUCCCGACCUCGUUCCCAUUGAUCCUUCCCGCCAUCCUCAUGGAAGCUCCUGGCCUUUUUUCAAGGCACUUGUCAACUUGACAAUGCCUAGCAAAGAAAACCAGUCAAUCCCACAUACCUUUCUCUUUGACGAGGAGCGUCUAAUGAAGUUACGAGCCGAUCUCCUGGACCUAGUAAAUCUCGAAGUGUGUAUGUUUCAUUAUCAUAGUCUCCAGGCCUCGAGUGCCCAAUCCGAUCUCCUCGCCGAUCUAGAAGAUAGCCCAGGCCCUUCGGGAGCCCCAUCGCCCCGCCCACGGCCUAACUCUCCCGCCUCUCCCUGCCGUUUAUCCUCCGCUACGCUCCCUGCACCAGACGACUUUACCUCGUGUAAGCGCCGUCGUAAUCGGACUGUUGGUCGCUUCGAGCGAGAUUAUGGCGGUAUGCAAACAUUUGUCCCACGUCUCUCUGAGGCCUCAUGCUCACCCGAAGUCACUUCCUCUGCACCGAAUUGUUCUCGUCCCGAAACCCCUCCCUACAACUCAACGGAAGCUAGCUCGAUUUCCUCCGCCAAAGCCACGGCGUCACUCCGCUCGGCUCUCGUUGCCAUUCUAGCCUCUGCUCCAGCAACCCUCUCUCCCAAGCAGAAAUGGUCCUUGAUGUCGGCCGACCUAGCUCUUCAGAUUUUACGCUCCACUCCUACACCUCUUACACACCUCCAACAGUUUGAGAAACACUUGGCCUUUCAUCUCUCGGAAAGCCGAUCGCGUAUUUUUCAAAGCUUGGAGCAGAGUAUCAUAAUAAAUAUGCUACCUCUCAUCCACCAGUUGGUGGAGGUCUACACCCCCAAAUCGACGUUUCAAAUAUUUGAGGCAGCAACAGCACCAAGACCACAGCCUCGAGUAGCCGCCCCCGCAAGCCACAAGGAAGAUGUCCUGGAGAUUGCCACGAGAAUUGCACAUUUGGGCGUCCUGCACUGGCAGGUCUGGGGCGAAUGGUUUUAUUUGCGGGGGCUCGACAGUUUCUUUGGAAUCAUCCUCACCCAAUCCUAA